AUGCCGUUUGGUAAUUUUCAGCAACUAAAAGAGAGGAUUCUCUACCCUGCUAAAGACGCAACACAAAUUGCAAAGUCAUCACUCGGAAGGAUUUUAAAGAAAGAUGAUGAUGAAAAGGGAUUCGCUAAAUAUGAUGAAUUGGACGAGGUAUACUCGGAGGAAGAAGAAGGAAAAUACACCGGAAGUAGAUUCAAUUUCAAUUUCCGGUGUAAUUGCUGUAAGACCUGUUCUUGUGGACAGCGAUAUGUGAUAGCAUUUCUUAGUAGCGUGGGAUUUAUCAUAUCUUUUGGUAUAAGAUGCAACAUGGGGGUAGCUAUAGUGACGAUGACGAAAAACGGUUCAACUGAAGACAAUCACCUUAUACAGAGGAAACAACAGCUGGAACACAUGGGCAACAACACGAACAUGACGAUACCACCUCAGCUUCCGGAGUUUAACUGGACCCCGGAGACGAUCGGAGUAGUUGACAGCUCCUUUUUCUGGGGCUAUAUUGUAACACAAAUACCUGGAGGCUACCUCGCAUCCAGAGUUCCUGCCAACAGGAUAUUUGGUCUGGCUAUAGGGCUUUCUGCUUUCCUGAAUCUCCUGUUGCCUGGAGCUGCUCAAGUUCACUAUGGACUCGUCAUGGCGGUCAGAAUCCUACAGGGACUCGUAGAGGGUGUUACCUACCCCGCCUGUCACGGUAUCUGGAGGCACUGGGCCCCACCACUAGAGAGAUCCAAGCUGGCUACUAUAUCAUUCUGCGGUUCGUACGCCGGGGCGGUUCUUGGGAUGCCACUUUCCGGAAUACUCACGAAACAGUUUGGAUGGCAAUCCGGUUUCUACGUGUUUGGUGCGCUUGGGAUCAUCUGGUCGAUUAUUUGGUGGUUUUUCUCAUUCGAAAGACCGUCUAAAAGUCCAUAUAUUUCAACUGAAGAAAAGAUAUAUAUAGAAACUUCGAUAGGUGAAACUUCAUCGUCAAAGGAUAUGAGUACACCGUGGUUCAGCUUCUUCACCUCCAUGCCCGUGUACGCCAUUAUAGUAGCCAACUUCUGUCGUAGCUGGACAUUCUAUCUCCUCAUUAUUAGUCAGCCAAUGUAUUUUAACGAAGUUUUUAAGUUUGAUAUCACAAAGAGCGGAUUAAUAUCAGCUUUACCGCAUUUAGUGAUGGCCAUAAUUGUUCCGUUUGGUGGACAACUUGCUGACUUCCUUCGUCGACGAGGCAUUCUCUCGACUACCGUGGUCCGCAAAAUCUUCAACUGCGGAGGAUUUGGGUUGGAGGCUUGCUUCCUCUUAGGAGUGGGUAUUACCAGGAAUACAACUACAGCCAUGGUUUGUCUCACCCUUGCUGUUGGCUCCAGCGGAUUUGCGAUAUCUGGGUUUAACGUAAACCACCUGGAUAUCGCCCCCCGAUAUGCCAGUAUCUUGAUGGGACUCUCAAAUGGUGUCGGAACUCUUGCUGGCAUGUUGUGUCCAAUCUUCACGGAAUUACUCACAAAGGGGGCGACCGCAGAUGAAUGGGAGGUCGUCUUCAUCAUUGCCAGUGUCGUCCAUUUUCUUGGUAUCACAUUUUACGGAAUCUUCGCCUCAGGAGAAAAACAACCAUGGGCAGAAGCUCCUUCAGAAGAUAUGUGGAAACCCGAGGACACCCUGAAGUCUGACGGCUCUGGCAAAAUGUUUUCUUAUGGUGCUUUUGAGGACGACUCAGGAAACAAGGGUGGCGUGGUAGGGGGACCCACUAUGAACGGGAAAGCUGGCGUGACUAAUGGUCAGAUUCCCUACGAUUACGGAGACGAAUAUGAAGGCCCAUAUAACGCACAUGCUAAAUAUUCGUUUGAUGGUCCAAUGUAUCAGACCAAGGAGGAACUUGUUCAAGUACAAGCAAAGGACAGAUAUCUGACGGAUGAAAGGGAUUUAUGA